CGUGCCCGCUCCGUUUCCUGGUUGUAGCUGUCAAACACACAGGCUGCAGGUUCGGAUAGCAACCGAUGUCCUCAGUCGCCGUCCGGCAUCGCCCCGAGCGACUCUUUCCCAGCCACAAAACGAGAAGGCCUGGCCGAGGAUGGCGUUCAGGAAGGCUCUGAAGCGGACGGCGAUCCUAGGCGGCGGGGCGGUGGCCGCGGUGUUCGGCCUGUCGCAGCUGAUUGAGUACAGGAAGACGCAGCACGGAUUGGCCCGGUUGGCUCACGUGGCGGCAGAAGCCGAGCUGAAGGCUCCCUUCGCGGACGAGCUUCCCUCUAGGCAGGCGCAGCUCACGGCGCUGGAGAACACCGAGGAGUUCGAUGUGCUGGUCGUCGGAGGAGGAGCCACGGGUGUAGGAUGUGCCUUAGACGCUGUCACACGCAACCUAAAGACUGCCCUCGUGGAGAGAAACGAUUUCUCCUCGGGGACGAGCAGUCGGAGUACAAAGCUGAUUCACGGUGGAGUCCGUUAUCUCCAGAAGGCCAUCAUGCAGCUGGACUACGAACAGUACAUGAUGGUGAAAGAGGCCCUCCACGAGCGAGCCAACCUCCUGGAGAUUGCACCUCACCUCUCAGCGCCGCUACCCAUCAUGCUUCCUGUUUACAAAUGGUGGCAGUUGCCUUACUACUGGGCUGGGAUCAAGAUGUACGACGUGGUGGCCGGGAUCCAGUGCCUGAAGAGCAGCUACGUCCUCAGUAAGACGAAGGCCUUGGAGCUGUUCCCCAUGCUGAAGAAGGACAAGCUGGUGGGAGCCAUCGUCUACUACGACGGGCAGCACAAUGACGCCCGAAUGAACCUGGCCAUUGGCCUUACUGCUGCCCGCUACGGCGCCGCCGUCGCCAACUACACCGAGGUCGUCCACCUGCUGAAGACAAAAGACACGCAGACCGGCAAGGAGAAGGUGUGUGGAGCUCACUGCAGGGACGUUAUCACAGGAAAGGAGUUUGACGUGAAGGCCAAGGUUGUGAUCAACGCCACCGGCCCGUUCACAGACUCGCUGAGGAAGAUGGACAACCAGGAGACGCAAAACAUCUGCCAACCGAGUGCCGGCGUCCACAUCGUCAUCCCCGGUUACUACAGUCCUGACAACAUGGGUCUGCUCGAUCCGGCGACAAGCGACGGUCGUGUCAUCUUCUUCCUGCCCUGGGAGAAGAUGACCAUCGCCGGGACGACCGACACGCCCACUAAUGUGACGGCACACCCAAUCCCGGGGGAGGACGACAUCAACUUCAUCCUGAAUGAGGUCCGCAACUACCUCAGCCCUGACAUAGUAGUGCGCCGCGGAGACGUGUUGGCAGCGUGGAGUGGCAUCCGACCCCUGGUGACCGACCCCAACUCCAAAGACACUCAGUCCAUCUGCAGGAACCACAUUGUCAGCAUCAGUGACAGCGGACUGGUCACCAUCGCCGGUGGGAAGUGGACCACCUACAGGUCCAUGGCCGAGGAGACGCUGGAUGCCGCCGUCAAAGCCCACGGCCUCUCAGCAGAGACAUGCAAGACUGUUGGUCUGAUGCUGGAGGGAGCUAAAGGCUGGACGCCGACACUCUACAUCCGCCUGGUGCAGGACUACGGACUGGAGAACGAGGUGGCUCAGCACCUGGCUGCUACUUACGGAGGAAAGGCGUUCGAUGUGGCCAAGAUUGCUCAGGUCACCGGGCAGAGGUGGCCAAUCGUUGGGAAGCGCCUGGUGUCAGAAUUCCCUUACAUCGAGGCCGAGGUUUUGUACGCGAUCAAGGAGUACGCCUGCACUGCCAUCGAUGUCAUCGCCCGGCGAACCCGCCUGGGCUUCUUGAACGUGCAGGCGGCUGAUGAAGCGCUGCCUCGCAUCGUGCAGAUCAUGGGCAAAGAGCUGGACUGGAGUCAGGAGAGGAGGACGGCGGAGCUCGAAGCAGCCAGGAAGUUCUUGUACCACGAGAUGGGCUACAGGUCUCGCUCUGAGCAGCUGACCAAGACGUCUGAGAUCAACCUGGACUACCAGGAAGUAGUCAGGUACAAGAAGCGUUUCCACAAGUUCGACAAAGAGUGCAAAGGAUUCAUCACCACUGUGGACGUGCAGCAGGUUUUGGACAGCAUCAACGUCCAGAUUGAUGAAAAUUCCCUGCAUGAAAUCCUUAAUGAGGUGGACCUCAACAAGAACGGACAAGUGGAAAUUGAUGAAUUCUUGCAGCUGAUGAGCGCCGUGAAGAAGGGCCAGGUGUCCGACAGCCGCCUGGCCAUCCUGAUGAAGUCGGCGGAGGAAACUCUGGAUGAGCGAGGCCCGGUGACGGUGGACCGGAGCGGAGGCGGCGUCUGAGCGCGAGGGGUCUUUCAGGGAUGCCAAGGAGAACCUUUCUGGUCGUCUUUUUUUAUACGUGGUGAUGACAGAAAAAAAGGGGUCUCAAAUGCAAAUAGCGCUAUUUGAAUGACAAUAACGCAAUCAAGGAUGCGGCGGGAUGAAUUUGGCCAAAUCAAGUGCAGACCAGCGUCACUCCUGAGUGCUUUUUUUUUAGGAUGAAACGGGAUCUGAUGACGGAGGCUGAGGUUUAUGUUCUCAUGAAGUCUGUUUUGUCCGUCUUUGUCUCAGUGGAGUGAUUGCUUCUCAACAUCAGGUGCCUCUGACAUUACAGCACACAAUGUAUCUGUUUUAUACACUGUCUUUUAACGAACCCUUUGAUAUUUUAAUCAUGACAUCAUCCUCUUCAAACACUCCUUUUUCAAACUGAUUGUCGGGGGGAAAGAUUGUCCUCAAUGUGAUGCAACUGAGCAUAUGGUUCGGUUUUUAUUUUACGGGUCCAUUGUUUUAUAGUUUCCUUGAAAGAACGAUGUGAUUUGAUACCAAACGUAGUGAAAAUAGAGACGGUUUUAAGUGUUUUCUCCAAAUUAUCUUUGCUUUUUGCUCACUUUUCCUCAAAUAAGCGCUGAAAAGUAAGUGCAGGUGUUGACGUUCGACUGUUUGUCACUCAGAGGACAACGCUUAAUACAUUUUAAAGUAGCUCUGUUUUAACCUUCAUAAAUAAUAAUGAAUAAUCAAACUGCAAAGCUUAAAUAUUGUAAAGCGCAUAAUUAAGAUGUUUUAUAGUUGAAAUUGAACUGGAAAGCUGAUUUUGUUGCCUUCGGACAGAGACAGGCUAACUGUCUCGAAUCUUUAUGCUAAGCUAAGCUAACCAGGUGCUGUUGCUCCCAUAUAGACGUGACAGUGAUGUGGAUUUUCUUCUCUCAGCAAGAAAACAGCUUAAUUUAGAUAAAAAACUAAAGUUUCUCACAGUAAUGAAUGAGAAAUUAAUAUUAACAUUGUUUACUUGACCUUUAAUUAGUAACAAAUCACUAAUUCUUUCCAGGAAACUACCUCAGAAAUAAAUAACAAUAUUAAUGGACCCUGAUUUAAAGCCUUACAAGGCAUUUCAAUGUUUUGUUUCUGAUCUUUGCAUGUUACAAGCACUAGUCAGGUGAUUUUUAAGGUAUUUUAACACUCUGAGAUGUUUCUAACGUUGUUGUUUCCUGGCGUACGUCCAGGAGAAAUCUUCCUACUGUCCACUGUGUUUUCCAUCUCUUGCACUACCUGCCACUACUGGUACUGACGUUUACAUGAUGAGGUCUCCAGCUUUAGCGUUACUGAGGAAGCUGCUUUUAAAUCACUGCUUUAUGUUAAAUUAUUUUUUCCUUGUGUCUCGUGUCACUGCAGCUGUUUACAGACAGAAACUGAGAUUAUAGGUUUAGGAACAGGAUUAUGAGGGACUAUGACGUUUGAGUAGAUUUGUUAGGUCGUACGCAUGCUAAAUGUUAACUGUUCUCUUAAUAAUGUAAAGCAAAAUCUUUAUUUUUCUUAACGUGUGUUUGAAGUGGAGAUAUUUCUUUCGUGUCUGUGCUUGUGGACGAGAGAUCUGAUUCAAAAGCUGUAUUAACGCACAAACUGAUCGUAUAUUUAAUCCUGCAUGCCGUUAGCUUCAUUGUUUAUGUGACAGAUGUUCAGAUGAUCUUCAGAUAUCGAGGGAAAAGGGAAGGCAUGAAUGUAUGAUAUGUGCCUCGAUGUGCCUAAGACAUUUUCAUAACGCCACACUCCAUUUUAAAACAACACAGGAAAUUAUGUUAAGAAUGAAAAGAUAUUUAAAUCACAGUUGUUAUAUAAAGAUGAAUAUUUAAAAUGUG